AUGACUGAUCAAGAGAAUAAAACUGGAGCAACGACUGCCGGUGGGUCGUCAGUAGUGUUGGUAGAACAAUCGACGGUGUCGUCACACAAGCCCUACCGCCCCACUGAGCUGCAGGAUGAUACUUCAGGGGAGCUCCAUCACAAGCGGUCACGCGCUCCCGCUGUCCCAUCUGUAGCUCAAGAACUCAAAGAUUCACCUGAGAGUGCUGAAAUCAAGGAACAACGAGAAACAACAAAAGAAAGCGAGCAUGUGACGUCUGUCGAUAAGAUCAAGAAUAUCGCCGUGAAGAAAGUAUCUUCGUCUAUCAGUAAAAAGCGACCGUCUACACCUGAGGGAAUACCACUAACACCAAUAGAGGUCGAAGUAAAGAAAGCUGAAAUUCCCUCUGCGCCAACACUGCACCCGACAGAACCUAUACCAGCUGGCCUUGGCUCUAAAGCAUCCGAAGUGUCAGAACUCUCAGACAAAAAAGAGUCUGAAGAAAAAGAAGAAGAGGACAGCAUAACGGGAGAGAUCGCAGAGCUGCGGACGCCAGAUCCACAAAAAUCUGCAGACUGGUCUGACGACGAGGAGGCGGGCGGGCUGCCGCGCAGCGACUCUCGGGCGUCCCGCGUCACUCGCGCCGUGCGCCAGCUGUUCUGUUGCGGCGUGCCUUACGACGCCCCCUCCGAGGAAAACGUGUCGACCACGCGUGGCGAUUUCUCCAGUGGCAUCUAA